AUGGUAUUAAGCAGAAGACCAGCAAGGUUUAAAAAACCAGAUUUCAUGCAGGUCAAGCCAAUUAGUCAAGAAAAGAUGGACGCGUUAAGGGCUGCUGCUGCUCGUGUUUAUAUUAACGACCAAAAUCCUGCAGAAAAAUCCUCGGAAGUGAAUACUGUAGGUGUUUCUGCUCAGGCAGAUGUGAGAAAGGAAGCAGAUAAUGCCAAUGGAGUGCAGUUGCUCGCAGCAGUUGCUACUGGACUGAGGAUGACGCUUGAUAAAAAAGUGAAUCCUGGCUUGGAAGAGAUCAUGAGACCCAAAUUUGAAUAUAAAAAAACUUGUGCUAAGUUCGAUGGAGAUCCUUAUGUCUGUGCUGUUGUCGAGAGGGGUGACUGA